AAAUCUGUAAUUUUGUUAUAUUCCGAAUCGAUAAGAGAAAUCGAUACGAUGGUAUUCAAAUGGACUCGUGAACUCUCUCGUCAAGAUUUUAUGACAUCGAAUAUGUAUUUUUCAGAAUUGCAAGAAUCAUUGUAUUACGUAAGGCAAACUCGACCUCAUUAUAUCGCUGUGUUAUCUAGUUAUAAAGCGAUCAAUGAGUUCUCCUUAGCUACUAAUAACUUUGACAUGUCUUUCGCCACUUGGCUAGUGAUAUUCGCUUACAAGGGACAUGGCUCCGAUUAUUGUUAUAAUCCACCAGGUAAUAUAUUUCAUUUGAAAUUCAACACGAACAUGUUGGUCCGUUGCGGUAGGGAAAAUAUUUUACGAGAGUGGUAUUCGAUCGAUUCGAAUCGAACUGAGAUCAAUGAUUUUGCAACUUGGAGCUCAGAGAAAGGAAUCAUUAAAAUGGUUCCUGAUUCUCUUUACGACAGAAGAUAUAAUUUACAGGGUUUGACCAUGAAGGCUGUUAUAGUUCAGGAUUCACCGUUCAUAAACAUAAACAAGGAGGGUGAAAUAGACGGGGUAUUCGGUAGAAUAUUAAGAGAACUUUGUGUAACUCUCAAUUUUACUUUCAACAUUGUCUCGGAAGUAGAAGAAUAUGGUAGUUGGAAUCCAAAAGAAAAAACUUGGUCCGGAGCAGUGGGAGAAUUAUAUGCUGGACGUGCUGACAUUUCUAUUUCAGAUUUUUCUAUAACAAGCGCAAGAUUUAACGCCGUCGACUUCACGUUUCCACUUUUGAUAUCAAGAAACUGUUUGUAUAUUCAAGAACCACAUAUAUUUGCGAUUCAAUGGUCAUCUUAUUUUCUAGCAUUCUCUCAUUCGGUUUGGAUAGCUAUGUUUGGAAUAUCAAUUUUUGUAAUGAUCUCAUUAAUUUUUUUCAAAAUAAAAAAUAGAACCGAUCGUAACAUAGGAUAUUUAUUGUCCGAUAAUAUUUUAGAAAUUUGGGGUAUACUUUGUCAACAGGGAUUGCCAGAUUUUCCUGAGAGAUUAUCGUUGAGAAUACCAUAUAUAUCUAUAUUUUUUAUGGCAUCGGUUUUAUUGGCCGCAUAUUCUGCAGCCUUCAUAAGCUUUUUAACCACAGGUAUUCAUACUUUACCCUUUCGUUCAUUAGAGACUUUUGUUGAAGACGGUACUUAUCAAUUAGCUGUCUUUCGUGGUACGGCUGAUUAUGAAGUAUUUACAAAUUCGAAAAAUCCGCUUGCAAAGGAAAUGAUAAAGAUGAUGAUAAAAGAGGAAGAAUUACCACUAACUUUACUGGAAGGAUUUCAGAAAAUUUGUGAAAAUCGAAAAUUAGCGAGUUACACGUACUGCCGAAUGAAAAAAAGUCUAAGUCCUGAAAUACCAUGUAAAGUGAUUGCCAUUAAUGCAGGACCUGCAGACAGUCUAUCUAUGAUUUUAUCUAAGCACAAUCCAUUCACUGGAGUUAUCAAUUUUCACUUACAAAAAUUUGUCAACAAUGGAGUGAUGCAGCGUUUGAAAGAUAGGGACUUUCAAAAGAAAUUUAAUGAUAUAACGAAUUAUCAUGGACCAGUUCCCAUAACAAGCGUAAUAUCUCUUAUUUUCUUUAUUCAAAUUGGUAUCACUUUGAGUAUUUUUAUUCUGAUUAUAGAAAAGUGUAUUUUUGCUCGUAAAAAUAAGAAAAGGCUAAUUAUAGAUCGUAUCCCGUCUAUCGAAUCAUUAGAAUUUGAUAUGAAAAGGAAGAAAAAUGUGAAAAAUAUUGUAAACUAUCACGCGACUCCCAAAUGUCAACAUUUAAAAUAUUAAUAAUAACGACAAUGUUCGUUCGAAACGAAUGUUUAUAUUGUAAUUUUCUAUCGGAACAUAAUAAUACGUUCUUGAAUUAUUUAGCACAGUUUUAAAUAGAAAUAGAAUUUCUUCAUUCAAAAUUAAACUUGCAAACGUGUUUAUGAUAAAUUUUCUUUAUUUUAUCGAAUAUACGUAUGUACAUAUUUGAAUUCUUUCAAACUGUAUCGAUUUCUUCGUUGUUGCACGAACUAGAUAUGAUA